UUUACUCAUUAUUUUAUCUGAUAAGUUUGUAUCUUAGUAGUCGACAUUGUAAAUUUCUGUUCGUGCCUCAGUAUACAACAAAAAUGGCUGCCCGUUAUCCAUCGGGCAUCCAAACGAGCCGAGUUAGUCCUGCGUAUCUCCAUGGAAAUUCAACCAGUCACACUUGGGCGUUUAGUGCGGUUGCAGAACUUAUCGACAAUGCCUAUGACCCUGAUGUGAAUGCAUCAGAAAUUUGGAUUGACCAGAGGCUGAUCGACAAUAAGGUUUGUCUCACGUUUGUAGACAAUGGAAAUGGAAUGACACCAGACAAACUGCACAAAAUGCUUAGCUUUGGCUAUUGUGAAAAAGAUAAGUUUGCCUCAGGUAAGCACCAAGCUGUAGGACAAUACGGUAAUGGAUUCAAGUCUGGAUCCAUGCGCCUUGGAAGAGAUGCCAUAGUGUUUACCCGUCAAGUGAACACCAUGAGUGUGGGUCUCCUGUCACAAACCUAUCUCAACAACAUCAAUGCACAAACUGUACUUGUGCCCAUUGUCACAUGGAACCUACCUGACAAAAGGAGAAAACCAACACCAGACAUGGCACAUAACCUGCGAGCUAUCUGUCAGCAUUCCAUAUUUAAGACAGAAAAAGAUUUGUUAGAAGAAUUAGAUGUCAUGGAAAAAUUAAGGACAGGAACUAAGAUAAUGGUCUAUAAUUUGAAAAGGAAAGAAAACAAAGUAUUGGAACUAGACUUCAGUAGUGAUCCACAUGAUAUAAGAAAUCCUGAAACACACAUGAUGGACUUCUCCACCAUUAAUAGGGCAACCACAGAUCAUAUACCAGCCUAUAUGGUAUCUCUAAGGGAAUAUUGCAGUAUACUGUACUUAAAGCCUAGAAUGAAGAUUGUUCUGAGAGGGAAAAAAGUGAAGACAAAACUUAUUCACAAGUCAUUGUCUCAGACGGAAACCGAUGUCUACAAGCCAACCUGGGCACCAAAACCCAUUCCCAUAAAAUUUGGGUUUGCUCCUCGAAAAAAUUACAAAGAUUAUGGCGUUAUGUUGUAUCACAAGAAUAGACUGAUAAGAGCUUACGAGAAGCUUGGCUACCAGAAACAGCCUAAUGAACUGGGACUGGGAGUGGUGGGUGUGGUUGAGGCCUACUUUCUGACCCCUACCCACAACAAACAGGACUUUAACAAGGAUGAAAAGUACAAUGCAUUAAUAAGCAGUGUAUCAUUGAAAUUAAAUGACUACUGGAAUGAGAAAAGAGGCUCAGGUGUAGUGUUAGGAACGCAACCAGCACAAGUCGUUGCUAAUGUAAAUCCAGACUGGACAUGGGCUCAGUGUGACAAUUGUCUACAGUGGCGCCGUCUACCUAUACAGUUCAGGUCAGAGGACCUUCCAGACAAGUGGUACUGUCACAUGAAUCCAGAUGCACAGUUCAAUCGUUGCGACAUACCAGAGGAACCAGAAGAUGAGGAUGAAUCACUUCAUGGACCAACUUAUAAAAAAACAUUCAAAAAAAUUCAAAAUGAGAAGAAAAUGCGUCUGAAGAUGAUGGAGGUAAAUCAACAGCGAGCUAGGGAAAUGGCUUUACAAGCCCGGGAGCAGGCUCUAAGGCAGCAAGAAGCCAACCAAAUCAAAGGCUCCCCUCAAAGUCAGAAGGUAUCCAGCUCACAAGAAAAAAAGUCUGAAAGUGCACAGAUGAAUAAAAUGAUGGCGGAAUUGGAUAAGUUCAAAAAACAAGCUGAGCGUCAACAAAGAAUCAUUGAUCAAUUGCAAUCCAGAAAAAGGAAAGUGAAUGCAAACAUUGAGAAAGUAGCUAGUGGUCUAGAUACAGAUAGUCUGUUGGAGAGUGUGGCUGGAAGUAGUCCCAGGGCUGUAUCAUCUACCAGUUCCAAGGACAAUGAGUCAAUAUGUAUCAAGACAGAGGAUGGAGAUGUGGUGGCAGUAAUUCCCUGUAAUGAGCCCAGCUCCUCUAGUGACAAUGAUAUAGUUGAUCUCACAUUGGAUGACGAGGAUUUGGAAGCAUCCACAUCAAAAAAGCCAAAAAUUUCCUCUACAAAUCAAGAGCCUAAACCAGACAUCAGCAAAAUUAAGAUAGAGAAAGAUGUUAUUAGUUGUAACCAUGACAUUGGAACACAGACUACAGAACGAUCUAAAGGGUGCACACGGGACUGCGGAAAGAAGAUCGAGGAAGGCAAAAAACACUUAACAGAACUUCAGAGAAAGGUGUUUAAGCUUCUGAAAAUCAUAGUCCCUGAUGAGGAUAUAGGAACGCCUGAUGGAGUGGAAGAAAUAGUGACAGAGAUGAUUAAACACAACCAACCAUCAUAGUGCUUCAUUGUAGUGUAUUGUUGUCCCUUCAGUGUUCUUGUAAGCCUUCAAUUCCUUGGCGAGCUCACCCAUUGGUCCCUUAAAUAUUCUGUACAUUUGAUUCACAAGUCUUUCAGAAUAUGUAUUUUAUUUUUGAAUAUCAUCAAAACAAAGAAAUUAAGUUGUUUGUUUUUGUAACCUUUGAAUUUCCACUGAAUGUGCUGUUCUAUGUAAAUUAAAUUAUUGAAUUAAUCUUUCUCUUUUAGAGAUAUCUUAUUUCUGUAUGGAGUUUUCAACAUAGCCAACAAAGCAUGGUUUAUAAAAGUAUCAAUAGUCUAUGACUAUUACAUAACUCGUUCAAUUGCAUCAGAUAAAAAAUUUGGAUGUGGUAUAUCCUGUUGUAAUCAAAAGAAAAAUAAUAGAACUCGCCCACUGAUUAUUUGAAUAAAAUACUGUUUAAACUAAACAUACAUGUACUUUGAAAAAAAUCUAAAUGAUAACAGGUGAGCAACUAAACAUACAAUGGAACCCUUGGGUUCCUUGUUAAAAAAGCUUUAUUUCUUUGUUAAUAUGUUCUGUAUAUCUGUGUCGCGGUAAGUACAACCAUGUCAAGAUGAACUAGCUAUGAUGAUUACUGUACUGAAGGGCUGUGUUUGAGCUUGACAGGGUGUUCUACGCUUUCAGGCUACUAGAGACUGUUGUUAAUGUAGAAACAGAUUUGUCAUAUAAUUGAUGUUAGUUAGGUGUGUUUGAAGGAGAGUGUCAUAGCUCCUUUCUUUAGUAUAUUUAAAUAGUAUUUGUUUUGUUCUGUUCUUUGUACCACUCCCAGGUAAUACAAAACGUGCAGGGAUAUUGUGAUCAUUUUAAUGCAGAUACUUUUCAUUCCAACUGUCUGUACAGCAAAUUUCUUUUAAUCAGACAUCAUUUGAGACAAAAUGUAAAUCAUCUAUAGUGAAGUUUUAUUCCUUUUCUUAGACGGCUAUCUAUAAACAUUGUCAAAUCAUUAUUUAAAAGAAAAAUAAUGCAAUUAUAAGUUAAAUGUAAAGAAGAAAAAUUUGCAAUUGUGAUGCAAGCACUUAAGUUGUUUUUUCGUUUAAACAUGACUGCUGUGCUGUGAAAUUUAUUACCAGAGGUACGUUCAAAAUGUUUUGCACAGUUUAGAGUGUUUCUUGUUUAGGCCUCCAUAAAUCAAAUGUCAGUAAAAUAUUUCAAUAAGCCUUCAAAAAUGUUUUUGUUUCUGAAUACACUCCUGGUGUAAAUUUUGAUAGUGUUGAGAUUUAGUGUACUAACUUUUCAUUUCCUCCUGAUAAAUUCUUUCAUCAAAGAAUUACACCAAGCUAUAGAGCUGAACACAGGUCUAAUGCUGUAUCAAAGUUCUACCUAAAAGGUGUUAUCGACAAUGUACAUUGUUUGUGUAUGAGGUAAAACUUUGAUAUGACAUAUUCAUAGGCGUCAACCUCUGAACCUCAAAUGAGGGAGAUCUCCCACAUUUCUAUUGAGGGAGAAAGUGCAUGAAAUGCGACUGAAACUGUUUUUUACUCAAAUUAUCUUUCCCUUUUUAUGUAUCAAAAUAACUCCAAAAAGCAUUAAUUUGAUUCAGACACACCUGUUAUGAUCAUUACACACACCCAUAUCCAAAUGGAUGAAUCCUAUUGAAGAAAGGUCUAGUGCUGAAAUAGUGUCAUCAGAAAUUUGUUGUACAAAACAGCAGGUUCUUUUUUGAUAGCCAUAAGUAAGGCUUCAACAAAGAUAAAUAUGUGCAUCAUUUAUGCUGUCCGCUGCAUAUGAUUGUAGGGUUUAAGUUUUAGCACACACAAACUCGUGAACAGAUGUCAUGUAUUCUGCCAUCUUCAUUGAUGAUAAUUUAGUAUGUAUUUGAUAUAUUUUGAUCAUGUGUGCAGUCUUCCCAUUUAUUUGCAGUGUUGAAUUAUUUCACUUUGCAUUGCAUUUAUACUGGUUUGUGGAAGUUUUGUAACUACAUCUAUUGUACAUUUCACUCAUUGAUUCGUUAUGUGGAAUAACCACACCAUGCUAUUGUACUUAUUUUCAAGUGUAUCCCUGCAUAUGUUGGUGCUAUGACAAAACAAGGUGUUUGCACUAGCAUUGCGACUGAGCAAUAUUGGAUUUUUCAUCGGUUUGCAGCUAUGCAAGAAACUAAUAACUAUAUAUAUGUAAACAAAUCUAGCAGAUACGGUUAAUCUAGUCAUAGAUUGUCUUUUAGUAGUUCAUGAGUCUCUGCUCUGUAAAAAUCCUACUUGUUUUAUAUAAUUGUAAUUCAUAAUUUUGCCAUUGAAAAGAGUUGUGUAUAUGUAUAGUUGCACAUUUUUCAGAACUCAGUGAUGUUUUAAUUUUGCAAACACCAGAAGAUAAAAAUUACGAAGUGGUUUUUUUAUGCCAUGGUGCAACAUCCGCCGUCAACUUUUUACUUAAAACAACUUCUUCUGAAUAACCAAAAGGUCCAGGGUGAUGAUAUUUGGCCAGAAGGAUAU